GUAAAUUAUAGGCUAUAUAAUACACACCUUGCUCUACUGAAGAUAUUCAAGGGCGACCGUUUUACCUAGGUGAUCAUAAGUAGUGUGGGAAAGAUAUAUGUACCAUAAGAAAAUGAUGUGUCGUAUAUCGAUGUUUAAAUCAGGUUAAAUACAUAUUGCACAUCAUAGCUUUAAUUUGUUUGUAAUUGAUCAGUUUAACAGUUCAAGCGUAAAAUUUGACAGCUGAGCGUGGAUUUCAUCAACGACUGUCAAAUUAACUGAUGUGUAAUAUAUUGAGAGUCUGUCAGUAGAUAGUUCUCCAUUUUAUUUUGUUUGAAAAAAGCAUAAGUAUUAUUUUACUGAUCAUAAUGAUCGAUGACGGAUAUUCUAUUCUGGGUGUGGGGCGUGAGAUCUCAUUUGUAUGGAGUGACCAUGCCCAAACACUUGCGGAGACCCUGAAAGACAACAGACUCCCCGUGGUGGUUAAAAUUGUAGAAGACGAUGUGGUGAAGUCUGAACCAGACACGGCAAUAGAUUUUCAACGGCCAUUAUUAUUAUACCGAGAGGUGAAAAGACGUAAACUCUAUACAAGACAUAUGGUGAUGGACUCGAUGAAUAGACCUAAAGAAGCAGGUCCCUAUGUCGUUAUACCCGAGGAAUAUACAGGAUUAUUCUUGAAGAUGGAAAGCUUAAAAGAGAGAGAAAGUGACAUUAUAUCCAUAGCUACCAUUGCCAGAGUGAUGCCAGCAACAUUUCUCUCACUAUCUGUCGGUAGAGGUUUUGUUCCCUCUAAAAUCCGCGGUGAUUCCAUUAUCUAUAACAAAAGGAAGGACAUACCCACAGGACUAUUUUACGCCAUGAAUGUUCACGAAGAUUACGUCACAUAUAUCAACAGUCGUAAGUCAGAAAAACGCCGUUUAAUGAGGUGCUUGCGGUGUAUAACGGAAGAUAGAAAAUUAGAAGUUUUAUUCCCAUUUGACUGGUCUGGAGAUUUAUAUAUUGUAGAUCUCCGAAGGAACCACUCCAAAUAUUCCGAAUCUGAUCCGGUAACCCGAUUGCACAGAAUUCCAGAACUUUUGAAGAUACUGGAACCUAAUCAACAAGUAAAAUUAAUUUACGGAGACCCACCGUUUUUGGAAUCAAAGUUUAGUGGAAUAUUAAAGUUAUGUCAUCUGACAGAAGAGCACACGGUAAUUGGUUGUACAUUGACUUCCAAGGAGCCCAGACUCCUUGAGAUAUCCGUUCCAUCUGGCCCACUGUACACGACUGCUCUGAAUACGAACGACAAACACAGUGACGUUACAUUGCAAAAGUGUCGCGAUUUCAUGAGCAUUUCUAUAACAAAGUUUAUUACCGAAAUGAAAAUAAGAAAAGAUUUUGGUGUAGAGAAAAGGGACCUAAGAGAAUAAAAUGUUCAGUUUCAAUCUACACAAUCAGAUGAAUCUACUUUAUGUUUCUGUGUCUUUUUAAAACAAUGUGUUUGAUGUGGUUCUUUUGACGCGAAAAGAGAGUUCAUUGUUCUACUUAAUAAUGCUGUUUGUUUGGGUUUUUUUUUAAAUAAAUGUUCUAUUAACUCUUAUAAAUAUACAUGUAUUGGCUAAAUAUUAAUUCUCUUUGUUUAUUAAAAUGUUUUCCUAGAAUAAGGCACUGUCUAUGCUUAAUGGUCGAUACAGCAACAUUUUGAUCGGGAACUACCCAUUAAGACAUUUUAUUAAUUAAAAGGGUAUGUUUAUAUUCCUCUACAACAAUAAAUGUCUUCCCUUGUGAAUUUACCAAUGUGGCAUAUUCUUCGUACGGUAUAUGCGAACACAAUUUUAAUUAAAUUUAUAUUCUUUUUUAUUUCUUCGACAUUAAUAACUGUAUUUUCACAAAUACCCCACAUGGAAUUUACUACAUAGAUAAUAUAAAAGUACAACUAUAACUUAUUACCUGUGACAAACUCGUCAAAUGCGAAGUGACAUCGGAUAUUCACUAAAAACACAAAGGAUAAUGUUUUAAAAUACGCACAAGAUUACUAAGGACAAAAAACCUGAUUUACCAUUACUUCUAUAAUCACCAUAU